AUGGUUACGCAGCGUGAUAGAGAACUAUUUAGGGAAGAUAUUCGCUCUCGAGGAACGAAGCUCAAUGCUGCCGAGCGCGAGAAUCUGCUAAGGCCAUAUCUGCCAGAUCCGUCUGACCUUCCACGCAAGCCACCUCAGCGGCGCAAGAAGGUUCCUCGGAAGACUCCAAUACGGACAUUUAUCAAGUCACAGUUGCAUCUCCUUACAUACACUGUUGUUCACAUCAUCUUUGGUAUCUUUUCUCGUCUCAUUUUGAGCUACUAUGCUGUUGUGGAUCGAAUCUUCGCCAUCGUCUAUUACCACCACCGAACGCCUGAGUUAAUACGAAAGGAUGUGAAAGGCCUAAAGCGCUUACCCGAACAUCUGAGCGUCAUCUUAUCACUGCGCAAAGAAGAUGAUGCCCUUGCAAUUCUGAUGGAUGAAGUGGCGGAGCUUUCAGCCUGGAGCGUGAGUUCUGGGAUACCUGUCCUAAGUGUUUAUGAGAAGACCGGUGUUUUGAAGUCUUGCAUCCCUGUCCUUCACCAAGCUAUCACGAGCAAGUUGUCAUCUUACUAUGGGUCUCCGGCGCAGCAACCUACACUGCAACUGUUUGCCCCACACCACCCUAUUUAUAAUACACAGCAAGAUGUUCCGCCGUCCGAUAGGCACAAUGCCAGUUCUCUCACAUUGCUUCUCCUGUCUGCCACUGACGGCAGGGAAACGUUUGUUGACUUGACCAAGACAUUGGCGGAGAUGUCACAAAGUGGUAAAUUGUCUCCAGAGGACAUCACUAUGGAAUUGGUGGAUGCAGAAAUCAUGAAGCCUGAGCCUGAUCUUCUCCUUGUUUUUGGUUCGUUUUUAAAGCUGGAUGGAUACCCGCCUUGGCAUAUCCGCCUCACUGAAAUGUACUGCACCGGUGGUAGGAAUAGCGGGAUAACGAAUUCCGACGAGGCUGUUGAGUACCACGGGUUCCUCAGGGGCCUAUGGCACUACGCCGGGGCUCAGAUGAGAUUCGGCCGUUGA